UCUCUUUACUGGACUCCAAUGUGGCUUUAAAUGUAAAAUUAGAUAUGUCUGCCAUUCUCCCUGGAACCUCCAGCUUGGGGACAUUUUUCUUUUUCCUAAAGUAUGUCCUUUAAAAGUUCCAUUCAGGGACCCUUACCACGGCCCUGACCCCGACCCACCUAGGUAUGGCCCGGCAUGUAUUCCUCACGGGGCCCCCAGGAGUUGGAAAAACAGCGUUGGUCCAGAAAGCCAGUAAGAUUUUAAAAUCCUCUGGUGUGCCUGUCAAUGGAUUUACGCAAAAGUCAGACAAGGAGGAAAUAGGAUUCAACGUUGUCACAUCAUCCUGCGCGCAGGAAGUUUGGUCUAGAAUUGGGUCAGAGCCUCUGCCUGGAAAACGCCAGUGCAGAGCUCGGCAGUACGUGGUGUAUCUGACUCCCUCGGAGCAGUCGCCACUUCCGGUCUUGAGGAACGCGGGUCCCAGCAGAGGCCCAGGGCAGAGGGUGUGUGUCAUGGAUGAGACUGGGAAAGUAGAGCUGCUCAGUCAGCCUUUCGUCCAGGCUGUUCGUCAGACGUUGUCCACCCCAGGAGUGUGUAGUUCUGGGCACAAUCCCACAACUAAAGGAAAGCCGCUGGCCUUCGUGGAAGAGCUGAGAAACAGGUACGAUGUUCGGGUGUUCAGCGUCACCAAGGAAAACAGAAACCACCUUUCACCAGAUACUGUGACGUGUGUGCAGAGUGGCAGGAAGUGAAGACGGUUUGCGGCCCUGCCUUGUGCACUUGAAGAGAUGUGCGGG